UGACUAUGUCGCCGAAGAACUGUCGCCGAUAGCUCGAGGGUCCAAGCGUCCACUUGACGACUCGGAGACUUUGGACGAUGGCAUGGUACUGCCGAAGAUCAAGAAAAAUUCAGAUGGUUCACGCCAUCGCAUGAAAGUCAGCGACUUCGAUGAUGUGUCCAAAGAGAUUUUGGGGACGGCAGCCUGUAUUUUCUGGUGUCUGAUAGUCUCCCAGGCGCCAUUUCCCGAGAACAUUGCUGUCGAGACGCAGUUGGCAAAAGAAGCCUGGCAUGAGGCAUGUCAAAUCAAAGGCAUCAAUGUCAAAUUGACACCUUCAGGUGUCAAAAUGCUAUUGACCCACACAUCACAAGUUCGUGGGGAACUCAAAACAAAAAUGCGUUCACUGACAGCAUCUUUUUUCGGUUUCCGGUCGAGCAAUUCCAACGAUGUGAUACGACAGAAUAGGGAUCUAGCAGAGUCUUUGAAAGACGGUUCUGUAUUUGCUUUCAAGGAUUGGAAGUCGAAGAAGGGAAUCUACAAGACGGAGUUACUGCAACUGGGCAUCAACAUCAUGUGGUUCACGAAUCGACACGAUGAAGGCGUCAUCCACCAUAAAUAUUUUAAUCCUAUGCCCGUCGAAGUUAUCGCUCUUGUGCUUACAACUAUCGAAUGUUGUAUCGACGAAUGGUUACAAGGUCUGAAGGAAGAUAUCAAAUUCACGUCGGCUACUUAUGGAACUGUCUACCAUGGACAUUUCUGCUCCUUGCAGCGCUUCGACGAGCGGACGGCGCCUUACAAACUCCUCGACAAAAUUCGUGUCAAUCUGCACGACGUGGCUCGGUGCGUUUAUGAACGACACGAUCGCUGCAGGUGUGACAUGAGACCAACCGAACAAACUUCCACUCAAGUCUUGCUUGAACUUGCUCAUCACGUUAAUCAACACCACAACGCCAAUAUUACGUAUGCAGCAAAAGAAAAGAGUUCAUUCGAGAAUAAUGCGCGAGAGACUGAACAUAGAAUGAGGCAAUGAUCAUAAUGAGUCAGUUGGUGAGCGUGGCGACGAACUUGAACGUUUGAACAUGUAACAUACGGUACACCACUGUAAUCUCCUAAACUCGACAGUUUACUUGAUAUUCGCUGUUCAUCCCUU